GGACAACGGCGGUAUCGUCAUGAUCAGCUUCUACAACGAUUUCCUGACGUGUGGAAAGACAGCCUCGAUACAGGACGUGGUCGGUCACAUCAACCACGUACGGACCAUGGCUGGGGUGGACUAUGUAGGGCUCGGGGCUGGCUACGACGGUAUAAACAGGACUCCCGUGGGCCUGGAAGACGUUUCGAAGUAUCCUGAGUUGUUCGCCGAGCUGCUCAAGGACUCCACGUGGUCGCUGCAGGACCUCAAGAAGCUGGCGGGACUCAACCUCCUGCGGAUCAUGUCUCAGGUGGACCAGGUGCGGGAGGAGCUGGCAGGGGAGAAACCGUCUGAGGAGAUCAUUCCUAUUCACGACAUCGACACCCGCUGGCCGUGCAGGUACAAGUUCGCCAGCCUGGAUGACACCCGCACCUGACCUCGCUCACCCGCCUCACCCACCGUCACCCGCCUCACCCCCUCACGAUACCUUCAAGAACUAACCCACUGAAGGAAGAUGAGGGAGAACGAAUAGCCACUUCAAUCCCCUUCAUCCACCAUCUUAAUCCCCUUCACCCAACUCAUCCAUCUCUCCUAACUCACCCACCCUUCUUACCCGCCUCACCCCCUCACGAUACCUUCAAGAAUUAACCCACUGAAGGAGGAUGAGAGGGAACGAAUGCCCGCCUAAUCCACUUCAUCCAUCCCUCCCAUUUCACCCAUGCUCACCCACCUCCUACCUCUUCCUCUUCCCUCACCCCCACAUCAUCCACUUCCCAGCCUCUCCUUUUCUCCAUCCCCCCAUCCUCACCCAAUUCCCUCCUCUUAUCCCCUUCACCCACCUCAUCCAUCCCACCCAAGCUCAUCCAUCACCCACUUCCCAGCCUCUCCUCUUCUCCAUUCUUCCAUCCUUCAUCCAUUUUACUCCUCUUAGCCCCUCCACCCAUCUCACCCGUCUCAUCCACCCUCUUCCCUCUCCCGUCAUCCAUUCCACCUCUUUAUCAUACCAAGCUGGCUACCCUCACUUAAUCCCUUCUUCUUCACCUCAAUCCCCCACAUCAUUCUCCUACGCCAAGCUGAAUUCUUAUACCUCUCCCUCCCUUCCCCUUCCAUCCUCCCCUUCAUUCCCCAUCCCGCCCUUCCCCCUCCGU